CUCUUGGAACCCAAGCUGAUCCACUAUAUAAUGUCAUCACUUUGAAUACCUGUGACGGACCAAUUAUUGGCUGCUUUGGUGCUUCUUUCAUUGGCAACCUAACUGGUCUGUUAAGCAACCCAGGAAUGAUUACCAAUCUUUCUGGAUAUAAAGGACCGACUUCUGGAACCAAAUGGCCAACUGGCGCUACUUUGGUGAUCAAUGUACCUGUGGCAGUAGGAGGAGCUUUGAUCAUUGAUGCCGAUACUCCUAGCAUUGGCACAGAUCCUUGUCGAACCAUUUGGAACAUCUAUCCAGUGAAUAUCGACGGAUCACAUACUAACGGACCCAUCACACUAUCACGCAACAGCAAAUCAGCUCUUCAAGGAUUGAUUUUGGCUCCAAAUGCUGCCAUCUUGGAUGGACCUACUGGAAACUUUGCUGGAUUGUUGGUUUCGUAUAACUAUAACUGGCAAACAUCCAAUGUUAACAUUCUAGAUUUCACAACUGCGUCCGGAGGUGUCUGUAAAUCAUUCCUCGGAUGUGCUCCAAAUCGAAAUGUCACUAGCACAAGCAUGUUAGCAUCUUCAUCGGUUAGUGCAACAGUGUCAUCGAACUCAGCAUCGUCUUCGGCAGCAUCGUCUUCGGCAGCAUCUUCCUCGGCAGCAUCAUCCACUGCAUCAUCGUCAGCUUCCUCAACAUCCAAUGUAGCUUCCUCUUCAAGCAAUAUCAAUGGAGGUUCAUCCAGCACAGUAACUACAUCAACGACUGUUUCAUCACCUUCGGUAACACAAACUUGCGAUCUGUCAACAUCAAUUGAUCUGCCAAGUCUGCAGCUCGCAGCCUUCAAUGGUAUCUUCUUGAAUGACUUCACAUCCAGUAUCACCGCAGGCCUGUUUGGAAGUGCUGGAAGCUAUGGUCCAAUCGCUGUUGGAAAUAAUCUGUAUGCACCUGGCUACCUCGUUGCAGAGAAGACUAACCUGACUGCAUGUACUGCCAAUGCAUCUGGAUUUUCUCAAUAUGGUCUUGCUGUUGGAGGUAGUAUUAUCAAUGGAGGAACUCCAAAGGUUACUGGCAACGUAUACGUGUUUGGCACGGGUACUGCUACACUGCAACUACCAUCGUGCUCGGUCAGGAAGCUCAACGACAGUCAACAGUUUGAUUUCGCUGGUGCAAGGACAUCAUAUCUCCAAGCAUCUGCAUAUUUGGCAAAACUAAUUCCUAACCUGAGAAUGAAUAGUACCUUUGCAAUCUCAUCUCUAGGAACCCAAGCUGAUCCAUUAUAUAAUGUCAUCACUUUGAAUACCUGCGAUGGACCAAUUAUUGGCUGCUUUGGUGCUUCUUUCAUUGGCAACCUAACUGGUCUGUUAAGCAACUCAGGAAUGAUUACCAACCUUUCUGGAUAUAGAGGACCAACUUCUGGAACCAAAUGGCCAACUGGCGCUACUUUGGUUAUCAAUGUACCUGUGGCGGUAGGAGGAGCUUUGAUCAUUGAUGCGGAUACUCCUAGUGUGGGCACAGAUCCUUGCCGAACCAUUUGGAAUAUCUAUCCAGUGAAUAUCGACGGAUCACAUACUAAUGGACCUAUUACACUAUCUCGCAACACCAAAUCAGUCCUUCAAGGAUUGAUUUUAGCUCCAAAUGCUGCCAUCUUGGAUGGACCCACUGGAAACUUUGCUGGAUUGCUAGUAUCGUAUAACUACAACUGGGAAACAUCCAAUGUUAACAUUCUAGAUUUCACAACUGCGUCCGGAGGUGUAUGUAAAUCAUUCCUUGGAUGUGUACCCAAUCGAAAUACCACUAGCACAAGCAUGUUACCAUCUUCGUCGGCUAGCGUAACAAUGUCAUCGAGCUCAGCAUCAUUGUCCUCGUCGAUGUCCUCUGCUAUUUCCUCGUCGAUGUCCUCUUCUGUGUCCUCUUCUGUGUCCUCUUCUAUGUCCUCUGCUAUGCCCUCUUCGAUGUCCUCUUCAAUGUCCUCAUCGAUGUCCUCGUCGAUGUCCUCUUCUGUGUCCUCGCCGAUUGCCUCUUCUAUGUCCUCGUCGAUGUCCUCUUCUGUGUCCUCGUCGAUGUCCUCUUCUGUGUCCUCGUCGAUGUCCUCUUCUGUGUCCUCGUCGAUGUCCUCUUCUAUGUCCUCGUCGAUGUCCUUGCCGAUGUCCUCUUCGAUGCCCUCUUCAAUGUCCUCGUCGAUGUCCUCUUCUAUGUCCUCUUCUAUGUCUUCGUCGAUGUCCUCUGCUAUGUCCUCGUCAAUGUCCUCUGCUGCGUCAUCCCCUAUGUCAUCGCCUGUGUCCUCUAAAUCCGAUUUUAUUUCGACUUCAAGCAACAUAAGUGGAAGUCCAUCUAGCACAGUAACUACAUCAACGUCUCUUUCAUCACCCUCUGUGACACCAGGUUGUGAUCUAUCACAAUCGAACGAUAUAGCAGGUCUACAGCUUGCAGCGUUCAAUGGAAUUAUCUUGAACGAUUUUACCACCGUCACUGGGCUUACGGUUGCAGCUGGAGGAAAGAGUUAUGGUCCAAUUGCUGUACUCGGAAACGUUUUCGCACCAAACUAUCAUUUCUCUGAACAAAGUAACUUGACUGCCUGUUCACCAAGCGACGCUGGGUUCAAAGACUACGGUCUUGUUGUACAGGGAAGUAUUAACUCGGCUCCUCCUCUUUCAUUUGUUCGAGGCUAUGCAUACCUAGCCGGAGCAGGAAGAGUUAAUCUUGAAGGUACAGCAUGUACGACUAAAGCAAGUAGUGGCAGCAUUUUCGACCCCAACGCUGCUGAUACAUACAAAACGGGAUCUUAUUAUCUUGCAACGUUGCGACCUGAUUUGAGACUUGUAGAUAUUAAUGUUCUUUCAAGUGUUGGACCACAAGCAAAUCCUGCAUAUCAUGUUAUCACAUUAAACAGCUGUGGUGGCAUAACUGUUGGAUGUGUGGAUGUUCCCUAUCUAGUUGAUGGUUUGCUUGACGUUGGAACUCAUCCACCAAACCUGGCGGCAAAUCUCAGCUUGCUUUCGGAUCCAAGAGGCCUUUUGACCAAAAUAUUGGACUAUGAAGGUCUAUCUAGUUCAGGAAUUCAAUGGCCAAACGACGCAACGCUAGUUAUCAAUGUACCCAUAAUGCAAUCAACAGUAUUGAUAUUGGACGCACUCAAUCCAAGCAUCGGAACAGACCCUUGUCGAACUAUUUGGAACUUUUUCCCAGUUGAUGAACAAGGGAAAUUCGCUGCAGGCGCAACUGCAACGCUUGUCCGAGGCACCACUUCAACAUUUACAGGUUUGAUCAUGGCACCGCUAAUUCAUAUUGUCGAUGAAAAUAUCGGUCAUUUUGCAGGAAGUCUUGUAGCCUCUAGUUACAUCUGGCAGAGUACUGUUGUGGACAUACUUGAUUUCGCGACAGGUUCUAAUGGCCGUUGUAAAACAUUCCUUGGAUGUUUCCCUCUUGGACAGAGUCAGACACUAUCGACAUCAUCUUUACUAUACACUUCAACAAUGUCAAGUAUGAGCAGCAGCGUCAGUCAAUCCCUCUCAUCAAGUUUGAGCGUGGUAGAAUCAACAACAUCAAGUGUAGAAAGCUCCUCGUCCGUUAUGACUUCUGAAUCCAGUAGCUUUACGUCUUCGGUAGUUACAUCAUCCGUUGCAAGUUCAGAAACAUCUGGAAGCUUAUCUUCAAGUGAUGUCGUAUCAAGCUCUGUUGAUUCAUCAUCUACGGACAGUUCGUCAAGUGCAUCCUCUAAUCCCAGCUCAACCGAAUCGUCAUCCACAUCUUCAGCUUCUCUACCAGUUAGCUCAGUCUAUACUGGAGUAGCUGCUGGCGUGUAUUUCUACCCAGACUCUAGCGCAACCGUAUCGGCAUCUUCUUCUUCAACAGCUCCAGCGGGUAGUUCAGUCUCUACUGGAGUAGCUGCAGAUUAAUAUGACACCGGCUCCA